UCGCGUGAUCUCUGCAUCAUUAAACGUGUUUGAUUUGAUCUGAACUCGCGAAGAAGCGAUGUCCUCUAGCGACCAGAAUCCAGCGCCCACGCCCGCGUCGGGCUCGGGCACCACCGGCGGGACGUCGGCGGCGCCCGGCCCGCUGGGCAGGCCGACCACGGUGUCCUCGCAGGCCAUGGACAUGGGCGCGCAGGUGCUGCAGCCGCUGAAGCCGGUGCGGCAGAUGAAGCAGCACGCGUGUAGCUUCGCGCUGUACGCCCACGACAUGCGCCGCCAGCUCGAGGCCCACCACUUCGUCUCCCGCCUCAACCAGGACGUCCUCCAGUGCGCCGUCUACGACUCCGACAAGCCUUCCGCCCGCCUCAUCGGGGUGGAGUACAUCGUGUCGGACGGCAUCUUCGAGACCCUGCCGGCGGAGGAGCAGAGGCUGUGGCACUCGCACGCGUACGAGGUGAAGGCCGGGCUGUGGACCGACGUGGGCGUGCCGGAGAUGCUGCAGACCUCGGAGAUGGGCAGGAUGGCCAAGACGUACGGCAAGUUCUGGUGCGCCUGGCAGGCGGACCGCGGCGACCGCCUGCCGCUCGGCGCGCCGGCGCUCAUGGUGUCGCCGCAGGCCGUGGAGCCGGGCCGGGUGCGCGCCGAGCUGGUGCGGAGCCGCGACGAGAGGUUCAAGGUCGACAGCUCCGCGCGUGGGCUCAAGGGCGCCAGGGUGGAGAUGGAGGAGCCAGAGUGGAUCAACCCAAACGCCGAUUACUGGCGGAUGCACGGCAAGGGGUUCGCCGUGGACGUCACGGCCUCGGAGAUGAAGCGAAACGCGCCCUUCCCUUGAGACCUCGAUUUGGCCUGGCGAAAUGCGCUUCUUCUUCUGUGUUCUCAAACAAAACAAAAAUGCCCUUCUUCGUUGUCUUUUUUGUUGGUCGUGCAUGCACGAACGGUGUAGACGUGUUUGCAGCGGUGGCAGAGCGCGAGCAAAACACCAGAGGAUCAAUUCCAUAUCGAACACACAUAAUAACAUGAUACUCCUCCGAUGGAGUUUAUGCAAA